AUGAGCUCGGAGCUGGACCACUUCGGCAAGAUGCUGAGCUCCGAGGUGCGGUUUGCGCCUCCGCGGCGGGAGGAGGCUGCAGCAGAAGAGGUGGCGAGGCGCAGCAGCUGGUUCCACGCUCCCCCGCCGGUGGUGCCAAAGGAGGUGCCCCUCAUCGAGGUGCAGCACCGCAUCACCCAGCGGGUCAUCAAGAGAUGUCCAUCGCGGCCCCGCACUGCGCAGCCGGCAAUGGUGGUCACAGCGCCGCAGGCCCGGCCGCAGACCUCGGCUGGCCAGGUCUCUUUGGAAGGCCAUACGCCCCGAGGCUCCGACGAGGUGCCACCUGUCCCGGAAGAGCCGGAUCUGCUUGCUGAGGAGCGAGGGAACACACCCUGGGAACCAGAUUCAGCUUCAGCCUAUCUCAAGCAAGCUUUUGAGGGCGUGUUUCGGAAGCGUGCGAAGGAAGACCCCAAGCUGCAAGAGGAGAAUGACAACGAGGUAGAAGGUGACGUGUCCAGACUCGACAAGAGUUUGUGCACUGGUUGCAGCCUGGACGGGCCUUUGCUGAUAUACCAUCGGAACCUCAGAAGGUUGCCAUAUUUUGCCAUGGCUUGCCCAACUUUGACGAAGGCUUGGGGCUCGACUCUGGCGAUUGGCCAGGACUGUGACUUGCAGGCUGUGGAGGAUGACUCCGAGGAGCCCCUCGGCGGGCUUGCGAAGCUUAUGGACGAGUCAGGGUCGUCUUCCUCGAACAACGAGAAGCUUCCGGUGAACGUGGUCCAUCCUAGCCGGGGCAGUGAGAAGCACCACAGCGGCACCUGCCAACCUUGCAGUUUUUUUCUCCGCGGAAAGUGCACUGUGGCAGAGGGCUGCCUUUAUUGUCACUACGAGCAUGACAGGCCGCAGCGGCCUGGCAAGAAGAGCCGAGAACGCGCCAAGCGCCGCCAGGGCAGAGCUGUCGGUGAAGCCGAGGCUGAGGCGGAGACGAAGAGCUUCCAAGGUUCAUCACACGGCUUUGGCAGCCUUAUGGAUCUUCAGAGGGCCUGCGGUGGCAGGACUGCAGUGUUGGCCAAUUUCCAAGCUCCGGUGUCGCCGGCACGGGCGGUCUAUACAUCCACGGCCCCGGCCCCUGACGACGAGCCCGACCUGCCACCUUUGGCACCCGGUGUCAUCCGGUUGUGA